AUGGGUUCUGUCGAGAAAGCCGAGUAUACCACCUCGUACGCCUUCUUCGAGGCCAUCUGGGAGGCUGGCAUCACCCAUGUCUUCGUCAACCUGGGCUCGGACCACCCGUCCAUCAUCGAGGCCAUCGUCAAGGGCCAGAAGGAGAAGCCGACAGAAUUCCCGCGGAUCAUCACCUGUCCCAAUGAGAUGGUCGCCCUGUCCAUGGCCGACGGCAUGGCCCGACUGACCAACAAACCCCAAUGCGUCAUCGUCCACGUCGACGUGGGCACCCAGGGCCUGGCGGCGGCCGUGCACAACGCCUCGUGCGGCCGGGCCCCCGUGCUCAUCUUCGCCGGCCUGUCCCCCUACACGAUCGAGGGCGAGUACCGCGGGUCGCGCACCGAGUACAUCCACUGGAUCCAGGACGUGCCGGACCAGAAGCAGAUCGUGGCCCAGUACUGCCGCUACACGGGCGAGAUCAAGGGUGGUCGCAACGUCAAGCAAAUCGUCAACCGCGCCCUGCAGUUCGCCACCAGCGACCCCUGCGGCCCCGUCUACCUCUACGGCGCCCGCGAGCCCAUGGAGGAGGACAUCGCACCGUACCACCUCGACCAGCAGGUCUGGAAGCCCGUGGCGCCCGCCGCCCUGCCGCCCGACGCCGUGGCCCUCGUCGCCGAGGAGCUGGUCAAGGCUCAAGAGCCGCUGCUCGUCGUCGGCUACACCGGUCGCAAUCCCGCCUCGGUGACGGCCGCCGUGGCCCUGGCAGACAAGAUCCCCGGGCUGCGCGUCCUGGACACGGGCGGCUCCGACAUGUGUUUCCCGACCGACCACCCGGCGGCGCUGGGCUUACGUUACGGAGCGGACCCGGCGAUCACCACGGCCGACUUCAUCCUGGUGGUGGACUGCGACGUGCCGUGGAUCCCGACUCAGUGCCGGCCCAAGCCCGACGCCCGGAUCAUCCACAUCGACGUCGACGUGCUGAAGCGGCAGAUGCCCGUCUUCUACAUCCCGGCCUUCGCGCGAUUCAGCGCCGACUCCGCCACCGCCUUCACCCAGCUGAACGAAUAUCUCGCCGCAAACGCGACGCUGUCCGCGACGCUGUCCGACGAGGCCCACACCGCCGCGGCGCGGAAGAGGCAAGAGUCGCACACGGCGCGUUGGAGCCAGUUCAAGGAGCUGGCCCGGAUUCCCGCCAACCCGGCGACCUCGUCGAUCAAUCCGCACGUGCUGGGCGGCCAGAUCAGGGCCGCGGUGCCCGAAGACACCAUCUUCGCCGUCGAGGCCGUCACCCUGACCCUCGCCAUCGCCGACCAGAUCGCCCCGGUGCGGCCGAAGACGUGGAUCAACUGCGGCGGCGGCGGGCUCGGGUGGUCGGGCGGCGGCGCGCUGGGCAUCAAGCUGGCGUCGGACCUCCAGCACCGCGACAUCCCGGGCGGCGACCGCUUCGGCACCAACAAGGGCAAAUUCGUGUGCCAGAUCGUCGGGGACGGCACGUUCAUGUUCUCGGUGCCCGGGUCGGUGUACUGGAUCGCGCAACGGUACGGCAUCCCCGUGCUGACGAUCGUGCUGAACAACAAGGGCUGGAACGCGCCGCGGCGGUCGAUGCUGCUGGUGCACCCGCACGGCGAGGGCAGCAAGGUCGACAACAAAGCGCUGAACAUCAGCUUCGACCCGACGCCGGACUACGCGGGCAUUGCGAAGGCAGCCACGGGCGGCCACGCCUGGGCUGACACCGUGCGCACCGUGGCGGAACUGCUGGACGCGUUGCCCCAGGCGGUCGAGGCCGUCAAGGGAGGCAGGUGUGCCAUCCUGGAGGUCCAGCUGGGAGCCGAUCUGCCCGUGGUGGCGAAGCAGGGAGAGUUGAAGAUGGAGCAAGUGGCGGCGACCAGUGGGUAG